ACCACUUUAAGAGCUGGGGGGUGGCAACGAGUUGAGACGGAAAGAGUGGCCGGGCUUGCGGUAGGUGGGAAUUCGGAGGUGCUGGGCAGCCGUCCGUGGCUGGGUAUAGUCCCUUCCCCUGCCAUGAGCGGUCCAGUGCGGACCGAGCCGCUGCACGGUGAGACCCCUCUGCUGGCGUCCAGCGACUCCUACUCGGUGGUGGUUCUGCUGCGCGGCUACGCGGAGCCGCAGGGGACCGGCGACGCGGUGCGUGCUGAUGGCACUGUGACCCUCGUCCUGCCCCGGGCCUGGGCCUCGGAUUCCAGCCGCCGAAGGUCCCCGUCCGCAGACGGCGGCGCGAAGACUGCCCUGGAGGAGGCGGUGCGUGGCCCCAUCCUCGUGGACACCGGGGGCCCCUGGGCUCGGGAGGCGCUGCUGGAAGCCCUGGCCAGGCAGGGCGUGGCCCCCGGAGACGUGACUCUGGUGGUGGGGACCCACGGGCACUCGGAUCACAUUGGGAACCUAGGGCUGUUUUCCCGGGCGGCUCUGUUAGUGUCCCAUGACUUCUGCCUUCCCGGGGGCCUCUAUCUGCCUCAUGGGCUGUGUGAAUUGCAGCCCUUGAAACUGGGCUCCGGACUGCAGGUGUGGGCCACGCCGGGCCACGGAGGACAGCGGGACGUGAGUGUCGUAGUGGAGGGCACCAGCCUGGGCACCGUGGUGGUGGCUGGUGAUGUGUUCGAGCGCCUUGGGGACGAGGACUCCUGGCAGGCCCUGAGCGAAGACCCAGUAGCUCAGCAGCGGAGCCGGGAGAGGAUCCUGGGUGUGGCUGAUGUGGUGGUACCUGGUCACGGAGCCCCCUUUCGGGUGGUCAGGGGAGCAGUGAAGAGUUCGGAGGAUUUGGUAUGUGAAGACAAGGAGGCCGCUUAACUGGACUCCUAUCAGGAAAGCCCCUCCAGCGAGGAACUGGAGCCAGGGAGACCCAGAGGACACCGUCAGAGCAAGCAAGACUUGUCACUUGUCAUGUUCAGCUUUGCUAGGAGGCAGCUUCCAAGCAGGAUGGAGUGACUGGCAUCAGUCACCUUUAUCACUGUCUGCAACCUAAGUAGGACGAAGGACUGGCUCAACUCUGCAUCUUCUGUGAGCCUCAGUAAAAUGCAGGAAAAAAAAAAAAACUUUUUUAAUUAAAAUAUUUAUGGGAUGUGUGUGUGUGUCCGUGAAGGACUGAAGGCAACUUGGAGGAGUCGGUCUCUCCACCCUGUGGGUCCCCAGGAUUAAGUUCAGUUCGUCAGGUUUGGUGGCAGGCACCUUUACCUUCUUGACGAAUAUUCUUGUUAAGAUCUUCCAAAAUAAAAAAGGAGACUGGAA